UACAAAUUGGUCAUCUUUAAUCGCCUUCUGUCGUCCUCCGCUGUCCGCCCUGUGCCCUCUGCACGAAACAACGAUUCAUUUUUUUUUUUUUUCUGUAAAUCUUAUAGACCGUGUAAUCAUCGUGUAGAAUCAUCUGAAAAUUUGAAAGGUUUGCAUAUAGGAGUUGCGUAAUGGCUACGGCUUCACCUGCUUUAAGCAAUACUAGUGCGGAUACUACCUCAAAUACCGGUUACGCCAGCUCCGGCGCUGUAAAAACCACAUCUACCGCCACAACCUCUAUGGUGAUGAGUAAUUCGAGCAUCAAUACUUCUAAGAACCUCCGCGGCCUUAACAAGCCCAAAUGCAUCAAGUGUGGCAAUGUCGCUCGUUCCAGGUGUCCGUAUCAGGCAUGCAAAAGUUGCUGUGCAAAAGCUCAAAAUCCAUGCCAUAUACACGUGUUGAAGGGCAAUUCAUCAUUUCCAGACAAGACACAAUCCUCAACCUCAUCUUUCAACUUUCAGCACUCAAAUGAGACAUCCUCAUCAGGGAAUGCACAUAGAGUCACCUCACUCAGACAACUCUCCAACAAUUUCGCUCAGUUCAAUAAUUUGCAAACUCCUGCACGUGCAAAGAAGCCACUCACAAGAAAGGAGGCAUCUCAGAUAAAUGAGUGGCGGUUUUCAAAGUUGAAAGAAUACAAAGAUAGAAACAUGGAAAUCGAAAACGAAUCUUUCGAUAGAUAUUUAAAAAAUAUCAGUUUAUUGGAGGACGUGUUUGCACUAAAUUCCAAUUUAGAAGGAGAGAAUGAAACAAUGGUAUCAAAAUUGAAAAUUAUAAGAAGCGAAAACUUGAGGGAUAGGAUGCGGUUCAUUGUGAACAACGGUUUAAAAAAUCUGGAAACUGAGACCCAAGAAACCAACACCACUGGGCCUAAGAAGGCCCGAUAUUCUGGUCUGGUUGAACUCAAUAAAAAGCUAACAAAUGCCAGAACCACUGAAGAUUUGAAAUCUUGUCGGUUACUCAAGUCUCAACUCCUCAAUCGACCCGAGGAUGCCGAACCAGAGCAAAAGUCAUCAAAAUGGUUUACUACAGUUACGAUUAAUCAAGAAGCUCUUGGUCAUAUUGAUGACCGGUUUAAUGGCCUUAAGGAGAUUCAGCAGCUUUAGAUUGUGCUAAUUAAUUAUGCUGUAUAACUGGUUACUCUUCUUAGUUAAAUAAAACACCGGUGGUUGGUUGAUUUUGUUUUCUUUGAUGAGAUUGAUGGUUGUGUUUCAUUGCAAUUAAUAAUUACAUUCUUGUUUUUAA